AGGCGCGGAUCAGACUCCUCCCUGCAGAAGCGUCACAGACAUACGUUGUACGACGGCCGUAAAGGGUCACGUCAAAAAAACGCGGGGGAAGAACGCACUUCCCAAGAAAGUCAGCAUGUCAGAGGAGGAUCUAUGUGCCUGGGAGCCCUUAGCUAUCAUGAGUGAAGGAGAUCCUAUUUCCAUCAGCCAUGCUUCUCUGGAGAUGACCCAUGAAGACUCACUUAAAGUUGAAAGCACAGCUUCAGUGAUCUCUCAAGAUGAAGUGCAGCAUGAUGAAGCAAGGAAUAAAAGUGAACUUGACUGCACACUUUACAAGAGAGACCAUCUUUUUGAGCCUCUAUUUGAAGAUUUCAUAUAUGAUUUUGAAGAUGCUUCAGAGAAACUAAUGUCACCACUUAACACUCUAAGAACUAGCCCUAUAAACAAAGAUGCUUCCUUUGCCACGGAGUGGAAGGAAACCAGUAAGAACUUAUUGCCCCAGGGAGAAUCGGCACAACAAUGCAGAAUGCUGGACUGGAGGAAGGAAGGCUGCAAAGUGGAAGAAGACUUUGCUAGUCAAAAAGCAUCAUGGGAACUCCCAACUGAGCAAGCUAUUCCAUCCAAGCAAUUACUGGUGGAUAUGUCAUACGUGCCUACCCGAGAAGAUAUGUCGGUGACCAUGGGAGAAUCAUUAUUGGACUGCAUUGUGAAGGAAUCCCCCAUCAAAGAAGUAUCAAGUUUUCUCACUCAGCCCACAGGAGCUUUAUUCAGGACAAAUAUAUGUUCCUCUGAUGAAGAUUUAAUCAUUAAAUGGGAUGACUCAGAUGUGACUGAAAAAAUGUCUAGCCAUGAAGGAAACACAUUGGACACUGGACAACAAACUGAAUCAACACACAGUUUCCAGGACACUGAGCUCACUAUUUCUCCAGAUCCUUUGGAUGAAAACCUAGAUUACAUUCGCACCCUGAUGCAGUCGAGCAGGCACUUAAAAGAAUGCCUCAGGAGCAACUUAACACACUGUAUCAACAAAAAGGAAGUGGUUGGUAGCAUCUCUCCACCAGAACAUGUUGAACUUGUGACCAAAGGAGAGCAUAACGCUGAGGAGAAGCCUCUCCAUUCAGAGACGUCAUUUGCUAUGGCUGGAGAAUGUAGGCAAGGGGACACAGGUGACAUUUUCACAUCCCAUAAUAAAAGCAGCAGCUGCUUGAAUCCUUCUGAAGCACUUCUAAAACUGCGUGAGGCAAAUACCUCUGACCUUUGCUCAAAGCAACUGCUGCUUCAGGAAGGUGAUAUGGACUUCAGCAGAGCCAUUAAGGAUUUAGAACAGGACCAGCUAAAGCAGUUCACCCAUAUAGUGGAUCUUCAGUCUGACAGUUUGUUUUUUGAAAAGAAGAUUAAACAAAAGGAGAAACUGCUUCUUCAGAAAGGAGAUGCAGACUUCAACAAAGUCAUCCAGGAACUAGAGUGGGACCAGAAGAAGCAACAAACCCAAAUCAUGGACCUUUACUAUGAUAAUGUCUCCUUGAAGACCAAGAUUAAAGAGCUGGAGCUAGACAUUCUUGAACAGCAUAACUUUAUUAAUGUGAUCAAGGAUCUGAAAAGGUACAUUGCUGAUCUCACAGAAGCAAAGAACAAAGCCACGGAGGAGAAGGAGGAGGCGGAAAGAUGCCUGAAGAGUAUGCAAGAUGCUUUAGCCAGAGCAUCAAAUCAUCUGCUGGAUUUUGGGGCUGAGAAGUCAGCUCUGAUGCUGCAGUUGGAAAAACUUGAUGCUGACCAUAACAUUCUUCAAGAAAAGCACAAGGCUGAGGUGGAACAGAAGAACAAAUACAUGAACCAGUGUGCGGAACUGGACUGCAUGCUCAAAAGAAAAGAGCAAGAGAUCCAGGAGCUGAACCAUCUAAAAAAAAAAUUAGAGCAGGAGGUCAAUGGCACCAUCUCAGCUCUGCACAGGAUGAACAAAGAGAAGGAAGACACUGAGAAGCAUUUUGUGUCUUUGCAGGAAGAGCUGCAGAGGCAGAAGGAUGAGAGGUUAGCAGAAAGGGAAAAGCUGGACUACAGGUACAAUAAGCUGAUUGCUCAGGUUAAAGUCCUGCAGGUGGAAUGUGAGAAUGAACAGGCUGAGACAGAGAAAAUGCAGCAGCAGAUAUGUGCAUUCAAAAUGGAAAGCAGUGAACUUCAGCAGCAGAUUGCAAAAGACAAAGAGCAAAAUCGCUGCUUGCAGCUGGAGUCUGCCAGGUGGAAGGAGCAGUAUGACCAGAUCAGAGGGUCACGAACAGUAGAGGAUCACAUGCAGUACCAAAUGAUCCAGUUACUCCGAUAUAAAAUUGGAUCACAGCAGGAAGAAUUGAGAAAGAAGGAAGAAAUAAUCGAGUGGCACAUGCACAUUCUGGGAAGGUUUUUUCUGGACAUGAAGUCAAUGCAUUCUGAUUUAUCCACCAGAAGCUUCCACAGUGAAGAUGACCACUCCAAUUCUCCCUAUGUUCAGAAAGCAUCCCACCUCUUGUCAAAAGUCCGGAGUCUUCUGGCUCUUACAGAUGGAUUACUGACCUGCCAGGACACAGAUAACCAAACACUUGCUGAACAUUACAAGAAAAAUGAAACUGUUAUUGGAGUGAAGAGAAAAAUGAAGAGCCUCUUACUUAAAAACAAACGGUUGGAAAAAGAGUUGCAGAAACACAAGGAGGACAUUACAGCAAUAAAGAAGUUAAUACUCCAUGAAACAUUUUCUGAAGACCACAGUGGUGAGGCUACAGAGGUUAGCCAAGAGGAACCUGAUAAUGGCACAAACCUACUAGAUCUUCUGAAAACAAAACUGGGUGAAUACCACAAGCAAAGUGAUGAGCUCCAUGGUGUGAUUAAAGAAUUGGAACAUAAUCUGGUAUCCAAAGAAGAAGCAUGCAAAAAGGUCACUGAAGAAAAUGACAAGCUUCAGAAGAACCUGGGUAGCUUGAUGUGCAAGGUGACAUCAUAUGAGGAAAUCAUUGAAUGUGCUGACCAGAAACUUGAGCUAGCCAAUUCCCAAAUAUCAUAUUUAGAGAAAAGAAAUCAGGAUUUGGAAGAUAGAACUAAGAACUACAAAAUGAAAACCAGAUCACUGAGGCAAAGGUGUUCGUUUUUGCUGAUUCAGGAAGACUUUCAAAAACUGAAUGGAAACAAUUUAGUUACUGAUGGACAGAGGACUGAAAAUGCUCAGUGUGAAUGUGAGCACAGGAGCCAAAUGUGUUUACAAAUGACAUAAUAAAGUUGAUAAAAAGCAUAAA